CAACACCCGGAAAUGCGCGAAUAUUCAGAUAUUCAUACGUUCGUGUCUUGUGUAAGCAAGCAAGAUACACAAAGAUUCGUUGUUCAUAUGCAAUGUUGUAACCGGCACCGGAGUGUUUCCGCGAUAAAUGCCGGUACGCGUUCUGUGAGCCGUUUCUAAACGCGGCUUGCCUUUUGUGACACUGUUGUCGCCGCUGUCCCACGUGUUGCAGAACACACAAAUACAUUGCAGACUGCCGCCACCGAGCGAGCUGCAUCGACAGCUGGAAGUCAUCGCGAUUCUGUAAUCUUACAGUUCUCAUAGCCGUUCCCUCUACAGGCUGUACAAUGAGCGAAUACUUCUCGCUGUCGGACUGUGAUGUGAUCGGCUUUGAUUUGGACCACACGCUCUGUCGAUACUAUCUGAAGGAGACCUCCAGGCUGAUCUAUGAGAGUUUUGCAGGGUAUCUUGUGGAGCACAAGGGAUAUGAUAAAGAUCUACUUAAUAUGACACCUGCCGAUUGGGAUUUCUGUUUUAAAGGUCUUGUGGUGGACCUUGAGGAGGGGAACUUGGUCAAGCUGGCAGAGGAUGGCACUGUCUUGCGGGCAACUCAUGGCACUAAAAACCUGAGUACUGAUGAGAUCAUAAAGCAUUAUGGUCCAAAAAGAGAAUGGAAGCAUUUUAAUAGCCUUAAUACCUCGUACACACGAUCUGCAAAAUACUAUUUUUAUGACAACUAUUUUGACCUCCCUGGUGCCCUUCUUUGUGCAAGAGUGGUGGAUAUGUUGCAUAAGCAAGGAGUCGAAAUCACAUCUGACUUGUGGAAAGACAUUGUUGCUGCAAUUGACCAUAAUUACAACACAUCUGCAUUUCGGGGUAUGUAG